UUGAAAAAAUCAUUAUAAAAAUCGCAUUAAAAUGAAAUACUUGACGUUUUACUUGUUUAGUAAGACAAAUAUAAGUUAUAUUGGCAUGAACCACAUUAAUUUAAGAAUGAAUUUUCAUAAACCGUUCGAAAUGUAUGACGAAGAGAUUGAUGUAAAAGAAGAUGCCGAUGAAAUUGAAAGUGAUACAACGGAAAGCAGCUUGGAAAAUGAAGGUAGUCGAGAUUUGAGAACUCCAAGUGCUAAGCAAAGGAAGUUGUUGAUGUCAAGCAGUUCUGGGAGGAGAUCAAGGAGCAGACUACGAGCUGUAGAUUACGAUGAAGUCAUUGAGUCUGUAAAAGAAGAUCAUGACAAUUACGAUGUCCAUGAGGCUAAAAGAGACUAUGAAAAAGACUACAAUGAUUUGAAUUUGUCUGAAGAUAUCAAAGAUAUAUUUAAAUACAUACCUAUGUAUUAUCCUCAGAAAACUAAAAUUGACUAUAAGCUUGUACCAUUUAUACCUGAUUAUUUACCAGCCGUCGGAGAUGCGGAUGCUUUUUUAAAAGUUAUACCUCCUGAUCCUGAUAUCCAACAAGGUAUUGGCUUGGAAUACUUAGACGAACCCAGUCUCAAUCAAAGUGACCCAUGUCUUCUAAAUUUACAACUCAGAGCAUCGUCUACAGUUUCUACUAAAAAUUUGAUUGUAAAAAAGUUAGAAAAUGCUGAGAAAAAUCCAAAGGUUAUUGAACAAUGGAUACAAAACAUUAAUGAUUUGAAUCGCAACAAGACUUCAACGUUUUUUUAUUCGGUUAAAAUGCCCGAUGUUGAAACAUUAAUGGCUAAAUGGACUGAAGACGAUAAAAGAACGGCACCUAAUUUUGACAAUGAUUUACCAACGGUAAUUGAUGAAGUAUGUGUGUACUACACCUCCCGACUUAUAUACUACUUCGGAAUUCCUAAAACAGAAACCAAGAUUGAAUCAUUGCAUGUGUUGUUCUCCGUAUACUUAGCUAUCAAAAAAGCACAGUCUCAAAAUACUACUGUAUUACCAACUUCAACAAACACAACGCCUGAAAACAGACCGAAUAAUUAUUAGUUUUGGCUUGUUAACAUAUUUUAUUGAUACAAGAUGUUACGUUUAGACUAAAAAGUUUUACUUUUAAUACUUACUACUAUAAUUUUCUUAUGUCAAUAACAUGAUAUAUU